AUGGGUUGUUGUGUAUAAAGAGGUAAAUUAGAUAAUAUAGGUGAACUAGAUAUCUAUAAUCUUAAUUCAGUACCUACCUUUGAAAAUGUCUUGGAUAUAUAUCAGUCUUUGAAUCUCCCAGAUGUAAAUCAAGAAUACUUAAAACACAAGAAAGAAAUGAUGAUUCUUAUGAUAAUAAACUUACUGAGGGUCAAACCCAAAAUAUUUCUUAACUAGAUGGAGAAUAUGAGAAUCAAACUUGAUAAUAGGAGCGGCUCAAAGCCAAGGACUAUGAUGUUCUUUUCUAGUGAUGUUGAUGCUUGUAUAAAUCUCCUAUAGGCAGUUGAGCCAACUCAUCCUCUUGAGAUUAAUGAGGAGCUGUGUAUAAUGUGCUAAGAGUAAUUCUCAUCUAAGCUAAGAUUCAAAUAAAGUAAUCAGGACUCGAAAAAAUCAAUGAAUGCUUCAGCUUCAGAUGCUGAUUAGAACAGCAGUAAUGUAUCACGAAUCGCAAAUUCUUUAGCUCAAAAGAAAAAAACUUUGAUGUCUUCUGCUUUCAGUUUUAAGGGUAUUAAGGAAAUGGUCGUUGAUUUUGUUUGCAGAGAGGAUUUAGUAAUUACAACACUUAGAGAAUUCUUUGAGGUUUUUAUUUAGUCGAUUAAAAAAAUGACUAAUAAUCUUGAUUUUAUCGAUUCGUUAGAAAGUAUGAUUAUCUUCAACCAUUUUAUUGAAGUAUCUAGGCAGCACACUCAAGAUUCUCGGAUGUCUUUUAAUUUUAUCUAGCCUACUCCAUAAAACAGUGCUUAGUAAUCUUAGUUUAAAAAUAAAUUAGCACCGUUGAGAGAUAACAGUUUUCAAAAGAGAUUGACUCUUCCAAAAACUACUUUGAGUACUAAUGCUGACAUGACUAUAAUAUAAAAAUCAGUUCAAAAUACCCAGAAUCAACAAACUUCUCCACAUUAAUAAAUGAGCAUAGCUUUGUAAAGAAAGGAAACUUCACUUUUCGCUAAUGGUGCAUUAGGUAAUAACAACAAUACUGUGAAUGUUGGGAAUAAAAGAAAGUAUUAGAAAAGCGAUAAAGUAAAACAGAGAGAAGAGGCUGAGAGGUUAGCACUUGAGAGAAUUUAGAUUUAGAAUUAGUUCUUAGGGAGUAAAGCUUUUUUAAAAUUACCCACUAAAUCACCAAUUAUCCUAGAAUAUGAGAUAAGGGCUUUUGAUGGAAAAUUUAAUGAAACUAAGGAGCAAGCUCUUAAGAAAUUUGAAGAUGAACAUGGAUUUAAGCCAAUACCUAUGAAGUCCCAUACUCCUGGAACUAUAAAUUAAGCUUUAACCAAUUAUUUUUAAGCUGAAUUAGCUGAUUUACAAAAAUCAUCUGACAAUAUACUCCUUGACGUUCAAGAUGAUGAUUCAAAAUUGUCAAAUGAUAUUGGUGAGGAGAAAAAAGAACUUAAUUAAGACCUAAACAUGCAAGGCUAAAAUAACUAGUCAAGCAAGCUUCUAAAUUCUGAAGAAACUUCUCUUAUGAACUCUUCUUAUGCUGAUUUUCAUGAUGUAUUCAAAUAAAUAAAAAAACGACAAGAUUAAUUCAAAAAAGCUAAAGAAUAAAAGUUACUUUCUAAAAAUUAGAGUUAACAUGAAAAAUCACUUGAUUAUCUUUAAAAUGCUUAAGUACUACCUUAAAGUGUAAAAAAUCAAAGUCUUUUAUCAAAUAAUAAUGGAGAAAAAAGUGUUUUUUAGAAAAACAGAUUUAGUCGAGUGAGCUCAUAAACCCCCUAAAAAAAUCUAUUAAUAAACAGACUUGCUUAUAAACUACUAAGUCAAUAAAAAUAAAGACCAACUUCAUUAGGGAGUGACUUCUAGGGUAGUUAAAUUCAUCACAAUAAUAGCAGUAUGCUAUUUUCACAAUCAAACAACAUGCAACAAUCUACAAAUGUAAGUAAAAGGUUUGAUAAAGACCUUUCUGAAAUAGUAAAGCAAUGCGUUUAGAAUGUAUAGAGUUCAAGAUAUCUGAAUAAAGCAAACUAAGUCUCCUCUUUAGCAAGAGUAUUUCAUCAGGAAUUCGAAAUGAAAGAUCCACUAAUUCUAGGUGAUGGUAUACAAAAGACUACUCUAACUCAAAAUAGUUCUUUUGACCAUGUAGAGAAGGAAGAGAGCCACAAAAAUCUAGAUAUGAAAUAGAUUACAAAUGAAAAAACAAAAUAAUUGAUUCGACAGGAUUCUAGAUUUAGAUAGAUAUUUAGUGGUCAACCUUAUGAGCCUGUAAAAUUUCCAAAAAGAAAGAAAAAGCAAGAAGAGAAUAAAGACAACAAUAUAGAUGAUUUAGUUAAGAUAUAAACAGGUACGGGGGUAUUAGGUGGGAUGCAAAUACAGUUUAAUACCAAGAAAGGGCCUCUUUUAUAUAGUGAUGAUUCAAUGAAAAAGUUGGCUUAUAAUGAUUCUCUCAGGUAUGAUACCUAUAAUGAUCUAAUUAAGGACUUCAAGAAUAUCAGUAGUAAAUCUGUUUUUCUUUUAAACAGUAAAUAUAAAUAUAGACAAUACAUUGAAUAUUGA